UCGCGCCGCGAUCGCUCUGAAACGCCAGUGGUCAGUUGGGAGACUUGGUUUUAGGUUGGGAACUACAUGGAAAUUACUGAAACGUAUACGGAAUAUGAAAAAAGGAUCUGCAAGUUGCCUGUGAGAAACACCCCCGAGAGCCUCCCUGGAAAACCAAACAAAAUUUGGUAGGACUUAGCCCUGAUACGCCAUGUGUUCCAAAGCACUGCUGCUCCUGGCCGCCAUUCUAGCUGCUCGCUGUUUUGGCAGCGGCUCUUCCAGACGAACGCUCGCCCUGGCCUGCGACGAGGCGAUGGAAUCGACGCCGGGGCUCAAAAACAAUAGAUACGGCUAUAGGAGCACCGCCAACAACAACGGGGAUUACAACUACAAGUGGGAGCUGGGGGCCGUGGAUCCGAAUGUGGAUGUUGAUGGCAUUGCAGAUAGCAACGAGGACGACAACAAUGACAACUAUAACUACAACAAAGCACCGGCCAAAUGGCAGCAGCAGCAAAAACUCUACGGAAAUCCCCUGCACGGCAUAUACGACAGGCAGCAACAUCUACAACGGAGGCAGCAACAUGAGCAACAGCAACAGCAACAGCAACAGCAGCAACAGCAGCAGCAACAGCAACUCGGGCAACAGCAACAGGGACAGUUUGAUGAUGAUCCAGAGAAUGCUCGCAAUGACUUCCGUCUGCAAUUGUCCGACUUAAAUGCGGCCGUUCAAGGUGUGGGCAGGUUUGCUGCUGCCCAGGAACAGGACCAAAGCCAGGACAACAGCAAUAGCAACGGCAACGGCAACGGCAACAGCAACACGAACAGCAACGACAACAGCAACUUCAACUGGCUGCCGCCACCGGAGCAGGAGCAAUUGUUGCUGGCGCGUCGCAGCCGCAGCAGCAACAUCGGCCCAAGGGCAUCCAUGGAUGAAACAGGAGCAGGGGAACCGGGUCAGCCGGAGUACCCCGACAAUAAGUUCCCAACUGGCGUUCCGGAUGACGUGGACAUUGAGGGCGAGGAGGAUUAUGCAGGACAGGAUGAGUACGCGGACGAGCUAAAUGGCAACCUGCCCUACGGAAUCCAGAAUGUGCGCAAGCGCCGCGUGCGGAGUGUGAUGCCUCCGGUACCAUUUCCUAGCACAGACGGGGUAGUCACCUAUCAGUCCCUGUGCCCCACGAACCGCGUGACCGUGAAGCUGGAGAGUGGCGACUACCGACCCAACCACUACGUGGAGGUGACCUGUGCCCACAGCUACUCACCCCAGCCCUCGAGGAGCCACAACUACGAGUACGGUUACAGGGGCAAUGAACUGCUUAGAGCUCUGCUCUCCGAGCGCGGCGAGAAACGAGAGAUCUGCUCGGCGACGGGCUUCUCGUGCAUCCAGCUCAACCGCACCAUCCACCUGAUCCGGCUGAACGACGCCUCCGGCUGCUGGGAAUCGGAGACACGGACCGUGCCCUCCGGCUGUGAGUGCAUGUGGCCGAAGCACAGCUACGGCGACAUAGCCUUCUACCACCAGGCGCAGAAGAGGCGGGGCGGCGUGACCAGUCUGCGACCCCAUGCCCCCAUCAAUGUGGAUUACAAGCCGGGUGUGGGUUACCGCCAGCUGACCCUGCGGACGAGGAAUCCCCAGCCAGCCAGCCAACGCAGUCGACGCGACGAUUUGGGCUACGACAGCUACGAGCUCAACUAGUUGGAGUGCUGUUUUUUGAUGGUUUAGCAACUAAGUUUGAUCCGCAUAAAUUAUUUUUCGCAUUAGCUUAGCAUUUAGUCAAGAGAGAGAGCCCUCAGUAAUGGUGUAUUACAAAUAAACGAACUACAAUGGAGCAACCAAA